AUGUUUGAUGGAAAAGGAAAUCCUCGGGCUCAUUUGAGAUCAUACUGUGACAAGCUUGUUGGAGUAGGGAAAGAUCAAGCCAUUAGGAUGAAGUUGUUUAUAAGGAGCUUGACGGGAGAAGCACUUGAUUGGUACACAUGCCAAGAUCCGCAGAAAUGGCGUAGUUGGGGAGAAAUGGCGCAAGAAUUCAUGGAUAGGUUCAGGUUUAACACUGAAACUGUCCCAGACAGAUUCUAUUUGAUGAAGUUGGAAAGGAAGUCAACAGAAACUUUUAGAGAGUAUGCUAUGCGUUGGAGAGCAGAAGUCGCAACGGUCCAGCCCCCGAUGGCUGAAAGUGAGAUGACGAUGCUUUUUGUACAAUCACUAAAAGAUGCAACAUACUAUGAAAUGUUGAUAAGUGUCAUCGGGCAAAAGUUUUCUGAAGUUAUCAGAAUGGGAGAUUUUAUAGAAGAAGGUAUCAAGACAGGGAGAAUCACAAAUUUGGCAGCUUUGCAAGCAACAAGUAAGGCAAUUCAAUCAGAUUCAAUUAAGAAGAAGAAGGACGGAGUGUCCGCGGUCAUGACCAUCCAGGAACGUAGACCAAACCAGAUGUUAACCUACCAAUACCCUUCCUCCCAGCCCGCAUAUUACAGCCAAUACACCCAAACCCCUCAGCCUUAUUACCAGCCUCCACCCGCUCCUUACCCUGUUUACCACACCCAGCCAACAUAUUGUCCACCUCGAGCACCUGCCUAUCAAAACCCCUCACGAUACCAACCAACCUACUCGCCUCAACCCCAAUACCAACCACAAAACCGUCCACAAAACACACCCAGACCUCGCCCAAACUUUGAAAGAAAACCCACUAAAACUUAUACACCAUUAGCCGAACCCUUAGCCCAAUUAUAUGAAAGAUUGAGAACCGCAGGGAUACUCCAACCAAUUCAAGGGAGAGUUCCUAAUCCCCUUCCUGGAUGGUAUGACGGGACUAAGCGUUGUGCAUACCACUCAGGAGUUGCCGGACAUGAUACUGAAAAUUGCCUUACUCUUAAAGAUAAAGUUGAGGCGUUGAUCAAAGAAGGAGUCAUCCAGCUCAAAGGGGCUCCCCCAAAUAUAAAUGACAAUCCUCUGCCCAAUCAUGGUGAUGCAAAUGUGAACAUGAUCGCCAUUGAUGAAGAAUUUCAAGUGAGGGCACCGAUUGAAGUGGAAGUACUCACUCCCAGGCCUAAGAUCACAGCCUUAGUUGCUCAGGCACCUUCUUUCAACACCAAAGCAGUUCCUUGGAAUUACUCGGCGGAUGAAAAGAACAAAGGGAAAGCAAAGGUGGUUGUAGAAACCGUUGCUGCCGGGAUGACAAGAUCUGGGCGGUGUUAUGCCCCUGAAGAGGUAGCACGAGGAGCACCAAGUAAGGAAAACAACCAAAAGAAAGCAGUGACAGAAGCUGAAGUAGAAGAAUUUUGGAGGAAAAUGCCAACCAAAGAAUAUUCUGUUGUAGAACAACUGAAGAAAACACCAGCCCAGAUUUCUUUAUUGUCAUUAUUGAUGAGUUCUGAAGCUCAUAGGAGCGCUUUAGCAAAAGUACUGAAUGAAGCUUAUGUUCCGCUUGAGACUUCCAGCGAGAAACUUUCAGCUAUGGUGGGAGAAAUCCUUGAAGCCCACAAAGUUUCUUUUCAUAAUGAUGAAUUGCCACGAAGAGGUGUCGUGGGAGAGAUUGACUUAGCUUUGGAAAUUGGACCUGUGGAGUUCAUGGUGGAAUUCCAAGUAAUGGACAUAUCUGCUAGCUACAAUUUGCUGAUAGGAAGGCCAUGGAUUCACAUGGCUGGUGCGGUUCCCUCUACCUUGCAUCAAAGUUUGAAGUUUGUUUGGAACCAUCAAGAAGUUGUGAUCCAUGGAGAGGGCAACAAUUCGAUCUAUCCCGAAAAUUCAAUUCCUGCUAUUGAAAGUGUAGAAAGGUUAGAUGGAUCUGUUUUUCAUAUUAAGGAAACCAUGUGUACUACUCGAGCCGAAAAGGUGAAGUUGCCACGUGUGCUUAUGAUGGUGGCUUGGGAGAUGUUGAAGAAUGGUUUUAAGCCUGGUCGGGGUCUUGGAGUGAACUUGGAUGGAAUAGUAGAACCAAUUCAAUUACCCGGCCAGAAAGAUACUUUUGGUCUUGGAUACGAGCCCACUCUUGAAGAGAUUUCCCUGGCUAGUCUCAGAAGGAAAGGUGAUAUUCCCUUGCCAAAGCCUGUCCCGCUCCUGAAUCAGUCAUUUUUCAAGGCAUCCGUCACCCAAGUACCAGAGGAAGCUGCCAAAGACAACCUCGUGGAAGGACUCAAGAAUCUGUUCAUUGCCGAGGAGGAAGCUGAAUGCAACGUGAUUCUGGAUGAUUGCCCAGAAACUCCAACUAUCUGGGAUGCUGAGCCUGGAGAUGCUUUAAACAAUUGGACUUGUACCCCGCCCCCGGUUCUCCGGGAGUCUUGCAAUCAAACUAGUAAAUCUGCCGAUACUGUGAAUUUGACACGUAAUGAAACAAGCGAACCAAUUCUAAAUGCCGAACAAGAUUCUGAAGAAUAUGAAGAGACAUGCAACCUGAAGAACGUGUUCGCAUGGUCUUACGAUGAUAUGCCGGGUUUAAGCACAGACAUUGUUUCACAUAAGUUGCCUAUUGAUCCAUCUUGUCCUCCGGUGAAACAAAAGAAAAGAAAUAUUAAACCGGAUUUGAGUUUAAAAGUCAAGGAAGAAGUCUCCAAGCAAUUUGAUGCAAAGGUUAUUCGAGCUGCAAGGUAUCCCACUUGGCUAGCCAAUAUCGUGCCUGUACCAAAGAAAGAUGGCAAAGUCAGGGUAUGCGUGGAUUAUCGGGAUCUCAACAGGGCCAGUCCGAAAGAUGACUUUCCCCUCCCAAACAUUCACAUACUUAUUGAUAACUGUGCGAAGCAUGAGCUGCAGUCAUUCGUUGAUUGCUUCGCAGGCUAUCACCAAAUUCUGAUGGAUGAAGAAGAUGCUGAGAAAAUGGCAUUUAUCACACCUUGGGGAGUAUACUAUUAUCGAGUGAUGCCUUUUGGACUCAAGAAUGCAGGUGCCACCUAUAUGAGAGCCAUGACUACUAUUUUUCAUGACAUGAUCCACAAGGAGAUUGAAGUCUAUGUGGAUGAUAUCAUCAUCAAGUCACGAAAGAGUUCAGAUCACUUGACGGAUUUGAAGAAGUUCUUUGACAACUUGAGGCGAUAUAAUUUGAAAUUAAAUCCUGCCAAAUGUGCAUUUGGUGUUCUGCCGGGAAGUUUGUUAGGUUUUAUUGUGAGCAGGAGGGGCAUAGAAUUGGAUCCUUCAAAGAUAAAGGCUAUUCAAGAGUUGCCCGCCCCAAAGAGUCGAAAGGACGUGAUGAGUUUCCUCGGUCGACUCAACUACAUUAGCCGGUUCAUAGCACAAUCGACAGUAAUAUGUGAGCCGAUAAUCAAGCUAUUGAGGAAAGAUGCUGCUACCAAAUGGACGGAAGAUUGCCAACGAGCUUUUGAUAAAAUCAAGGAGUAUUUGUCUAAUCCGCCUGUUUUGGUGCCUCCAGAAGCCGGAAGACCUUUGUUAUUAUAUUUGUCUGUGUCAGAAAAUGCAUUUGGAUGCGUGCUGGGACAACAUGAUGAAACAGGAAAGAAGGAGCAAGCAAUAUACUAUUUGAGCAAGAAGUUCACACCUUAUGAGGCCCGUUAUACUUUGUUGGAACGCACCUGCUGUUCUUUGACUUGGGUUGCACAAAAGUUGAGACAUUACCUGUCUGCAUAUACUACUUAUCUCAUCUCAAGGAUGGAUCCACUCAAGUAUAUCUUUCAGAAGCCCAUGCCUACUGGGAAGUUGGCCAAAUGGCAAAUUUUGCUAAGUGAGUUCGAUAUUGUAUAUGUUACCCAAAAGGCUAUCAAAGGGCAGGCAAUAGCAGAUCAUCUUGCUGAACAUCCCGUAGAUGAAGAAUACAUGCCUCUUAAAACUUAUUUCCCCGAUGAAGAGGUGUUGUUUGUCGGAGAAGAUAUCUCAGAAGAAUAUCCAGGGUGGAGAAUGUUCUUUGAUGGGGCGCUCAGGUUUCCGUGCACCAACAACAUGGCAGAAUAUGAGGCUUGUAUUCUUGGACUCAGAAUGGCUGUUGAUAUGAGCAUACAAGAAUUAUUGGUUAUAGGUGAUUCUGACUUAUUGGUUCAUCAAGUACAAGGCGAGUGGACCACUAAGAACGUGAAGAUACUUCCGUACCUGCAUUGUGUGAAAGAUUUGUGUAAGAAAUUUAUCAAGGUGGAAUUCAAACAUGUUCCUAGGGCUCAAAAUGAGUUCGCGGAUGCUUUGGCGACCUUGUCCUCCAUGAUUCAGCACCCGGACAAGAAUUACAUAGAUCCUAUCAAGGUGAAUGUGCACGAUCAGCAAGCCUAUUGUUUCCAUGUGGAUGAAGAACCUGAUGGAGAACCUUGGUACUAUGACAUUAAAAGGUAUCUCAAGGCAGGAGACUAUCCAGAAGGCAUAACCAGUGUUCAGAAGAGAACGCUUCGAAGAUUAGCAAACCACUUUUUCUUAAGUGGAGAAAUCCUUUAUAGGAGGACUCCAGAUUUGGGAUUGCUAAGGUGUGUUGAUGCCAAAGAAGCGGUCAAGUUGAUUGAAGAAGUGCAUGGCGGUACAUGUGGACCUCAUAUGAAUGGUUUUACCCUGGCUAAGAAAAUUCUACGAGCUGGCUAUUUCUGGAUGACUAUGGAAACAGACUGCAUUCGUUUUGUGCAAAAGUCUUGGGGCAUGGAUGUUAUUGGUCCUAUCGAGCCGGCCGCGUCAAAUGGACAUAGGUUCAUUUUGGUAGCCAUCGACUAUUUCACGAAAUGGGUAGAAGCAUCUUCGCACAAGUCAGUGACGAAGAAGGUGGUGGUAGACUUUGUUCGCAAUAACAUCAUUUGUCGAUUCGGAAUCCCUGAGUCAAUCAUAACAGAUAAUGGAGCUAAUCUUAAUAGUGGUCUGAUGCGGGAGAUUUGCGAAACAUUUAAGAUUACUCACCGCAAUUCCACCCCUUAUCGACCUCAGAUGAAUGGAGCAGUUGAAGCAGCCAACAAAAACAUCAAGAGACUUUUGGUCUAUGGAACAGAAGCUGUGUUACCUGCGGAGGUGGAGAUACCAUCGUUGAGGAUUAUCCAAGAAGCUGAGUUGAGUGAUGCCAAAUGGAUACAAAAUCGUUAUGAACAAUUGAUGCUCAUUGACGAAAAGAGAAUGAACGCAGUUUGUCAUGGACAGCUUUAUCAGAACAGGAUGGCCAAAGCUUUCAACAAGAAGGUAAGACCAAGGCAGUUCAAACCGGGGCAAUUGGUAUUGAAGCGCAUAUUCCCAUGCCAAGAGGAGGCUAAGGGAAAAUUUGCACCCAACUGGCAAGGACCUUAUAUGGUUCAUCGGGUAUUAACUGGAGGAGCACUGAUUUUAGCAGAAAUGGAUGGCGAAGUGUGGCCGAAAGCUAUCAAUGCAGAUGCCGUCAAGAGAUACUACGUCUAG